AUGGAAAAAAAUGGCACUCUUUCAGGUGACAUCCUGGAGAUCCAAGGUUUUGACAUCUCUCCAAAGUUUAUCUACCCUCUCUUUUUCUUGCUCCUGUUUGUGUACUUCUCCCUGCUCUUUUCCAACAUCGCGGUCCUGGUGCUCAUCAUCACUGAGAAGAGUUUGCACCAGCCGAUGUACAUCCUCUUCUGCAACUUGUCUGUCAACGAUCUGAUCGGAAACACGGUGCUGCUGCCUCAGCUGAUGGCUCACGUCCUCUCCACAGAGAGGUUCAUUACCUACAGCCAGUGUGUGGUCCAAGCCUUUUACAGCCACACCUUUGGCUCAGCGUCACACAUGAUUCUUGUCAUCAUGGCGUUUGACAGAUAUGUGGCGAUUUGUCACCCCUUGAGGUACAGCUCCAUCAUGACCUCCAGGACUGUGGUUGUGCUGUCGGUGAUUGCCUGGGGAGUGUCUUUGGUGCUCGUGUCAAUUCUGAUCGGUCUCACGGUGAGGUUGUCCCGCUGUCGGUCUUUUGUUCAAAACGCUUACUGUGACAAUGCAUCACUGUUCAAACUGUCCUGCGACGACGUGUCCAUCAACAACAUCUACGGUCUGUUUUUCACUGUACUGCUGUUCUCUUUCUCCAUUGGAGGCAUAGCAGUCACCUACUUCAGGAUCGCUGUCGUCUGUUGGAUCAAGAAGAACAAAGAGUUGAAUAACAAGGCGCUGCAAACCUGUGCGAGUCACCUUGUUCUUUAUCUCAUUAUGCUCUGGUCUGGGUUUCUAACAAUCAUACUGCACCGCUUCCCAAAAUAUCCAGACUUAAGGAAGAUUGCAUACAUUUUGUUCCACGUCGUUCCUGCUAAUUUAAAUCCAAUUAUUUAUGGGAUGCAGACUAAAUCAUUACGGGAUAAAAUCGACCAAAUACUGCAAAGAAAAUCCUUAAUUACAAUAUAG